CUGUUUUCGGAUCGGAAACAUACACAUACGAGCCGAAAGUGCAAAUUAAUAGGCGAUCGCAGCGAUCCAUACGAUCUAUACGAUCCAACUUCAUUUCAGGCGCAGUCGUCGGCGGAAGCAGCACGCAAGUGGAGUCUCCGGUUUUCCAAGUCAAUCCGGCACGCGCUUACGGCUUUGUUAGUUAGUUUUCGCCACCGUCGGCGAGGCAUGUGAUACGGCAAAGGGCGGCCGCUCUAGUAAACCUAAUCAGCAAACUAAAGAUACAUUAAGCUCUGUAAUACUAAGUGAAACCAUAAGAAGAUGAGUGAGCAGACCAAGGAAAUCGAAGCUCUGCCGCCCACCCUGCAGGACUUCAAGGCUCCCGAUCUGCCAUCCAACAAGCCAGUGCUCUUCUUUCAUCCGUACAACUUCCAUGCGCAAAAAGUUCUUAUGGUUCUCUACGAGAAGAGGAUCGACUUCUUUCCCUAUGUGGUGGACCUGUGCAAUGGCGAGCAGUACUCCAACUGGUUCCUAAACCUCAAUCCCAAGGGCGAUGUGCCAGUGCUCCAGGACGGCGCCCUCGUCAUUCCCAGCUCGACGCACAUCAUCAACUAUGUGGAGAGCAAAUUCCGCGGCGAUCGAUCGCUGAAGCCAGCGCACAACUCCAAGGAGUUCGACCAGAUGUUGGUCUUCGAGCAGGCCAUUGCCCGCCUUCCGGUGGGAACACUCAGCCUGGGUUCCUUCAUGCACGACGACCUGAAGCUGGUGCCCAAGGCGCCCUUCAUCGGACCCGUGCGCCAGUCCUGCCUGAAAAACAAUGAAAAGGUGCUGGAACUACUGCGCCACUCGGUGGACGAUCAGGCGACCAACAAAGCAACGCUGCAGCACAAGCUGGACAUUCAGUUGCGUCGCCUCGAGCUUGCCUCCUCGCGCGAGGAUUUCCAGAAGGUCCUGGACGCCGUGCGGCACUUCCUACUCUACGUGGAGCAGGAGCUUUCCGCCCAGGCGCCGCGCAGCGAGUGGCUGACCGGCGACGAGCUGAACGUGGCGGAUAUCUCGCUGGGACUGCUGCUGCAUCGACUGUAUCAGCUGGGAUUCGAGAAUCAGUUUUGGACGUUUGGGAAGCUGCCGCAGGUGGAGGCCUACUUCCUGCGCUUCCGGCAGCGCGAGUCCUUCCACCGCCUGCAGCCGAGCAACUUUGCCAUACUGCGCGAAAUGUGGACGCGAACGCCGGGCAACUAUAAGCUAGGAGCGGGUGCCGGCUUCCUGGUGGGGCACAUAUAAACACACGAACAUAAGAACGCUUAAAGCUACGCACUGCUGAUGAAGGAUGCUGGGGUGUUGUCAUGGUAAGAGUCGGCGGUGGAGGAGGAUGAGGAGCUGAACGCGAUCCAGU